CGCCUUCCUUCUAUCUUUCCCACAAGGCAGCAGGAGCAGAGAGCAGCCAUUGCUGUGUCUGGCAGCAGACUCUCCAGCUGUGAGGAACCAGAGUCUUUAUUACACGUCACACGUUCUGUAUUCUCAUCUAUCACAAAGCAUGGACAUGGACGGAAGUCACAGGACUGAGAGGAUAAUAAAUAUCACCCUGGAGAUCAUCUACCUGCUGACUGGAGAGGAUUACACAGUAGUGAGGAAGACAUCCGGUGAGUAUGAGACACCCAGCAGCCGUCUCCGCGUGUCAGGGGGACUGAGCAGGACCCAGAGCCCCAUCACUGUGCCUCAACCUCACUCACUGAAACAUGAGAGACACAAUGACCAGAAAAUCCUGGAACUCGCCAACAAGAUCAUUCAGCUGCUGACUGGAGAGGAGGGGGAGUAUAUAGAGGAACACAGGGGUCUGUACAAGGACGUGAUGAUGGAGAAUCACCGUACCCUCACAUCACUGGAUGGGCCCAGUAACAGAGAUACCCCAGAGAGAUGUCCCCAUCCUCUAUAUUCCCAGGAUUGUACAGAGGAGAAUCACAGGACCCCACAGGAGGAUCAGUUAGAACACCUGUCUGAUAUUAAAACAAGAGAUACAGAGGGAGAAGAAGAGACGUAUGUGACUGAUAUGAAGGCAGUCGAUACGGAGGGAGAAGAAGAGACGUAUGUGACUGAUAUGAAGGCAGAAGAUAUAGAGGGAGAAGAAGAGACGUAUGUGACUGAUAUGAAGGCAGUAGAUACGGAGGGAGAAGAAGAGACGUAUAUGACUGAUAUGAAGGUAGUAGAUACGGAGGGAGAAGAAGAGACGUAUGUGAGGGGUGAUCAGCAGUGUAAGGAGGAUAAAAUUCCUACAGAUAUCAGCAACGAUGGACACUCAAGCAGGAAUAUCUCAGAGGGACAUCUAAUGGUAUCCCCAGAUUGUGACAUAAAAGAUAAUGACAGUAUACAGGAUUCUCCAGGAGCUAACCCCAUUACCCCAAUUAUACAUCCAGCUCUAUCAGCUGAUCCCUCUGAUCCUGGGAAAUGUUCUCCUGAUCACUCUGAUAUUGGAGCAUCUGUUACAGCUCUGAGAGUAGAUACAGUGUUUCCCUGUUCUAUAGAUGCCAAAUGUUUUACACAGAGCACAAACCUUAUUACCCAUCAACCAGCUAAGCGAGUAGAUGGCGGCACAAGCAGGAAUGCCUUGGAGGGAGAUCUCUUCUUAUAUGCAGAUACUAAAACAGAAGAUAACAUCACACAGGAUUCUCCAGGAGACAGCGCUGUUAUGCUAAAUAUACAUCCAGUACCUCACAGCGCAGAUAUAUCAUCCAAUCCCUCUAAUCGCGAGGACUGUUCUGAUGAUAACUCAGCUUUUGUUACACAUAGUGCAGCUCAUACACCUGAUAAUAUAUUUCCCUGUUCCGAGUGUGGGAAAUGUUUCACACGGAAAUCACAUCUUAUUAGACAUCAAAGAAGUCACACAGGUGAGAAGCCAUUUCCAUGCUCUGAGUGUGGGAAAUAUUUUAAACAGAAAUCAGAUCUUGUUAGACAUCAGAGACGUCACACAGGUGAGAAUCCAUUUCCAUGCUCUGAGUGUGGGAAAUGUUUUACACUGAAAUCAGAGCUGGUUAGACAUCAGAGACGUCACACAGGUGAGAAUCCAUUUCCAUGCUCUGAGUGUGGGAAAUGUUUUACACUGAAAUCAUAUCUUGUGAGACAUCAGAGAAGUCACACAGGUGAGAAGCCAUUUCCAUGCUCUGAGUGUGGGAAAUGUUUUACACUUAAAUCAUAUCUUGUGAGACAUCAGAGAAGUCACACAGGUGAGAAUCCAUAUCCAUGCUCUGACUGUGGGAAAUGUUUUACACAGAAAUCACAUCUUGUUAGACAUCAGAGAAGUCACACAGGUGAGAAGCCAUUUCCAUGCUCUGAGUGUGGGAAAUAUUUUAAACAGAAAUCAGAUCUUGUUAGACAUCAGAGAAGUCACACAGGUGAGAAGCCAUUUCCAUGCUCUGAGUGUGGGAAAUGUUUUUCACUGAAAUAUCUUAUUAUACAUCAGAGAAAUCACACAGGUGAUCGACCAUAUCCAUGCUCUGACUGUGGGAAAUCUUUUACACAGAAAUCGCAUCUUGUUAGACAUGAGAAAAUUCACACAUGUGAGAAACCAUUUUCAUGCUCUGAGUGUGGGAAAUGUUUUACACGUAAAUCACAUCUUGUUACGCAUCAGAUUUCACACAGGAGAAGCAUUACUAUGAGUUGAUACAGGGUUGAAGCAACACUCCUGUCACACACUAUUUUAACACUUUAUGUUAUCCUUCCACAGAUAAUUGGAAUGUGUGUCAUUAAUAUACGAUGACUAGAUCACCCCAGCAAAACUUUUAGUAAUUUCUCCUAUAGAUUUUUCUAUAUAUUUCCUAUAUAUGUAAUUUAGACAAGAUGUUGCCAGCACUCUCCACAGUAAUACCAGACCACAUAGCUGUUAUUUAUGGGCUAGAUGUUACCAGCACUCACCACAGUAAUACCAGACCACAUAGCUGUUAUGUAUGGGCUAGAUGUUACCAGCACUCUCCACAGUAAUACCAGGCCACAUAGCUGUUAUGUAUGGGUUACAUUGUAUGGAUUUCAGUCACACAGAUAAACGAUAAAACACAUUAUCAUCUUGUAAAAACAUUUUAUUCUGGAAACGUAUGGGUAGAAUCCAGCAAUUGCUGUUCUGGAAUGGUGGAGAAAUGGUGAAGCACGAACCACAAAGUAUUUCCUGGAGGUUAGAAAAAAAACUAUUUACUUUCUUUUCACUUUUUUGCAAUUUAUUGAAACCUAAUUAUUUUGUCAAAAAGCAAGCUAAUUAUAUUUUCUGGGGGUAAAAAUAUUGUGUGGGUCUCUACAUCAGCACCUAAUGAGCUGGCUACUUAGCUUCUAUAAAAACUAUUCCCCUCUAAUCCCUCCUAACUCAGUGCUGAAGGAGAAGGUAUCUCCCCUGUUCUCCAUAGAUGUACAGGUUGGGUAUGUGUGUCAGUGCUGAAGGAGCAGGUAUCUCCCCUCUUCUCCAUAGAUGCCCAGGUUGGGUAUGUGUGUCAGUGCGGUGUCUCUCCUUACUGGUCACAGGCUCUCUAAAGAGCAGAUACUGGUGGCUGAGAAGGCGCUGUUUUCACACAGUUCCGGACAGAUUCUGAGGUUUCAGAAGCAGGGAUGAAGGCGGGAGGCACUGCGGUAACAUCCCCAGGAGUGAGGGACAAGCCGGGUGCCCACACUCUGCCAGCAGCACAUGAAAGAUGCUAGCAGGAAGUGCAUCUUAGUCCUCUUUAUCACCCUAACAAAAGGGUAAUUGGUACGGGCAGACAUGGUCAACGUCCACCCUAGUAUAGAGGGUAACACACUAAGAUAGGUCAUCUGACCAGCUGGAACAACACUGCCAGAGCUGCAUUAACCUACAGCCACCCACACUGGAUAUGCCCAAUCUCAUCUGAUCUUGGAAACUAUGCAGUGUUGGGCCUGGUUAGUACUUGGAUGGGAGAACACCUGGGAAAACCAUGUGCAAAUACUUUUGACUAAUGGGAUCAUUGUAGGCUACUUGAUCAGAGGUAUGUGCGAGAAGCAUUGUGGAUGUUAGGAAGGUUCCUAAAUCUACUCUGUCAUUAAUGCAUGAGAGAAGAACGUUCACUGCAGGAAUGCACCUCACCCUGGAAACCCCCCUCCCCCAGCCCCCCAAACUGCACCCCAGGGACCAGAGAGUGGUAACCAGGGAGCUGCAAACAGGGGUCUUCCCAUGCAUACCAUUGCACAUGAGUUCCACAUGGCCACUAAUGUGCCGGUUUCCACAAGAACACUUCGUAGGGAGGCCCAUGCAACUCUAAUCACAAAGAAGAAUGCAGCCCAGCACUUAUGAUGGUGGUAAGACUGCAAAAACUGGACAAUGGAACAAUGGCGGCGAGUGUUAUAGGGCGAUGAUCACAGUUUCCACUUUUCAGAUCAGAUGGACGUGUUUGAGUUUGGUGACUGCCAGGAGAAGGUCUGAUACCAGAGUGUACAGUACCUGCAGUAAAUCAUGGAGGUGGUGGUGUUACGCUGUGGGGCUGUGUCAGCUGGUUUGGCAUGGGUCCACUAGUUUCCAAGAAGUAAAGAAAGAGAUACGCCCGGGCACUAUUAUUUUCGCUAAUUAGCCAAUAAUAUAAUGAUAAAUCAAGCAGCAAAAUAUUACCCUCCUAUAUGCUUGUGAAUAUAUAUUCUAUAUACUGGCUACAUGACCUGUAUAUAACAAACUGAAAAAAAAACAAA